UGUAGCUGCUGCCCGUGCAAUCGCACCAAGGACUCUGCAAUGUGAUUUCCACGUAGAUCUGUGCUCCUUUGAUUCCAGCUGUUAUUUUAAAGCGGAUGUGCACCAGUUGUGAAUAUGGGGACACAUUAGCAGGUAAAACACGGACGAAAACGAGGAAAAGGCCGAAAUGGCAGGCGCCUUUGGCUUCAAAGGCUGCCAGAAAAUUCGAGGACCGCAGAUCCGAAAUCUGCUGGAGGCGAAGGACUUCUUCCUCUUCGACUGUGACGGGGUGAUCUGGCACGGGGAGAAGGAGAUCACCGGCGCAGCCAAGGUGGUGAAUUCUCUGAUAAGAAACGGCAAACAUGUGGUAUUCGUCACCAACAACUGCACCAGGCCCCGUGAGAAUUACAUGCACAAGUUCUCCCGGCUGGGCUUCCACGAGGUGAUGCUGGAGCAGAUCUUCAGCUCGUCCUACUGCUCCGCGCUGUACCUGAGAGACGUGGUGAAGGUCCGGGGGCAGGUGUUCGUGAUCGGCUGCGAGGGGCUGCGGAGGGAGCUGCUGGAGGCGGGCAUCCCCUGCGUGGAGGAAGCGGACGAGCCGGAGGCCACCAUCUACAACUGCGACCUGGCCCCCGACGUGAAGGCGGUGCUGGUGGGACAUGACGAUAAACUGACUUUUCUCAAACUGGCCAAAGCCUCGUGCUACCUGAGGGACCCCGAGUGCCUGUUCCUGGCCACUGACAACGACCCCUGGCACCCUCUCAGCGGUGGAAGGAUACUGCCAGGUUCUGGGUCCCUCACUGCUGCUAUUGAGGUUGCUUCCGGCCGCAAAGCCACUGUCAUCGGAAAACCCAGUCGCUUCAUGUUCGAGUGCAUCUCCAGCCAGUUCAGUGGAGUGGACCCGGCCCAGUGCCUGAUGGUGGGGGACCGCCUGGAAACGGACAUGCUCUUUGGGUCCAACUGUGGUCUGGACACCAUGCUAACGCUAACGGGGGUCUCUCAGAUGGAGGAUGCUCACGAGUACAGCAAAAGUGACCUGUCCACAAACCACAGCCUAGUGCCGGACUAUGUGGUAGACACAAUUGCUGAUUUCUUACCUGCAUUUGAAGAUGUAGAAGAGAAGAAGGAGGAGGAGGAGAAGAAGGAGGAGGAGGAGAGCAACUGACGGUUUCAACUCAAGUGUACGCCUGUCACGAUAAUUACUAUAUCCACAAUAUUUGAUAGAUUGCAUGAUAUGGGAAAAAUAUCCUAUUGAGAUUUUUCAAAGAAGCAUUACGAUUUGUGUUUUAAUAAUACGAUUUCACAUUUUAAAUUACUUGACAAAAAAUAUCAAAUAUGAACAUGUUUGUGCAAAUCUAAAAGACAGGGCUAAUAGUUUUUUGCAGAUGAGGCAGGAUAUUUUUUACUUAGUUUUAUUUUGUGGAGGAAAUUAUGGUACUGAUUGGGAUUAGCAUUUUGCAGUAGGUCAAACUUCAGUUUUAUUCUGCUAUUGUUUCCAGUUCAUGUUUCUUUUUUUUGGUGAGAGUAAUCCUGCUUAAUGGUUAUUGUGCCAGUGGUAUAAAUUAGUUUCAAUAUUAUCAUUUAUAAGUCUGUAUAUUAACUAACUUCAACAUUAUUGUCUCACUCAUAGACCGUAUAAAGAAGUGGACUAUGGGAGUGUGACGUCACCCAUAGCGUUUGGAUCCAAAUGAAGCUCACGGUGCUAGCGUUUAUAAAGGCAAAUUUGGAGAAUGUUCCAGUCAUUUACGGACAAAAUAUCAAAAUAAUACUAGAAUCAUAUAGAGCAGGUUAAUAUUAAUAUUUUAAGACCAAAAUGACGAGGCUCACUGCAGCAGUUGCAAGGAGAGAGGUGAUGUUUUUUCAAUUGGAGCCAGAGUUGAUGGAGCCAGCAUUUAUAUAUACAGUCUGUGGUCUCACCAAAAUGUAUUAUCGUGACAGGCCUACUCCAGUGCACAUAUUGCUUCUAAUUAAUUUAUUCGCGAUGGUUAUCUUAAGCAGACACAGCCUACUGUAAAUGAUUCUCAAAUAACAAGGCGUUGUCUUUGUUGUGACCAAGACUGAAGUAGGUUCUCCUUAAUUAUAGCCUAAUGCAUACCUCAGUGUUUCUCUAGUGUUGUGCCCAUUUGUGACUGAAGUCCUUGCUGUGUUUAUAGAAAUAUAUUGCACUUUCUCGUUCAUGCGGUUUGUAGAUCGUGUUUGAAAAGGUGUUUCAAGAGCACAGUAUUUUUGUAAAGUCAGGAAUUGUUCUAAUGCAGUGGUUCUCAAUAUUUUCACACAAAGUACUAUCUAAUAAUAAGUAUCAGCAGAUCUAAGCCAGGUCUAUAAUAGGGAUCGAAUUCAAGGCCCUGUCGCAAUAUCGACUUUAACUGAUAUUAUGGAAUCGAUACCUGAUCCAGUCAGUUUUUCAGUAUCAACGCCGAUGUUCGACACCAGUAUUGUAACGGUGCAUCCCUAGUUUAUAAUGAGACUAUAACAGGUUCCAGAGUAUUCCUAAAUUAUGCCUGUGUCAGGUCUAAAUGGGACUGAAUCAUGCAUAAAGAAGUUAUAAAUGAGGCACAAAGAGAGCCAAAAUUGGGAAUAAAAUUGUAAUUUCAACAAAUCAAAGUCUGCAGAGGACGUAAUGUACCACCAAAUAAAGUUUGCGUACCACCAUUUGAGAACCACUGUGGUAAUGACAUUGUAAAACACAUUCUGCCCACAACACUGAAUCUGCAGUCUAACCGAGACUUAUUUAUAGCAUUUAUGAAUACAUUUAAAGGUGCACUCUGUUACUUUUCUGUGUAACUCCUCCAUUAGUCUUAUGUAUCUUGCAUUUAUACAGUUAGGCGUGUGUUGAUGCUAAAAAAAUACAUCGAAAAACAUGUAUUCUUACUGUGAGCGGGCUUCCCUCACCACAGAUCUAAAAUGUACCUUUGUCUGGUAGCGUCAUCUGCGUGUCUCCAUGGAUACAGACCAGUUUAAUGCCAUACAGACAAUGCAGACCCUGUACCAGAAAAGUCACAGCGCACCUUUAAGACUAAAAAUGACAAUCUGCAAACAGAAACAGUCUCUUUUGGCCUUUCUAUCAUGUAUCAGUCAGUGUCAGUGAAGAAUGAACUGGAAAUAUAUUAUCUGGGUAAAAAAGUUUGUCAGUGCCAACUAUACACUGGAACAAAACCAUAAUUAUUUAUCAUAUUGAGCAUGACUGUAAUGAUAAAAAUAUUAAAUGUAAUCU